AUGGAUGUUAUUGGACCCAUUGAACCAACAACCUCGAAUGGUCACCAGUUCAUUUUUGUUGCUAUUGACUAUUUCACCAAGUGGGUGGAAGCAACGUCUCACAAAUCAGUAACGAAGAAAGUAGUGGCAGACUUUGUACGAAACCACAUCAUAUACAGAUUCAGUGUGCCCGAGUCCAUCAUAACAGACACUGGAGCGAAUCUGAAUAGCCACCUGAUGAAGGAUAUCUGUGAGCAAUUCAAUAUCACCCAUCGAAACUCAACAACUUACCUACCGCAAAUUAAUGGAGCUGUAGAAGCAGCCAACAAGAAUAUCAAGAGGAUAUUGAGGAAAAGGACUGAUAAUCAUAAGGGUUGGCAUGAGCAGUUGCCUUAUGACUUACUGGGAUACCGUGCCAUGGCCAGAACUUCAACAGGAGCAAUGCCAUAUUUGUUCGUCUACGGGACUGAAGUAGUCAUACCCGCUGAAGUUAAGAUACCUUCCUUGAGAAUCAUGCAGGAAGCGGAAUUGGACAAUGUCGAAUGGGUCCGAGCUUGUUAUGAGCAAUUGGCAGUAAUUGAUGAGAAAAGGAUGGUUGCUGUCUGUCACGGUCAAUUGUACCAGCAAAGGAUGGCAAGAGCCUUCAACAAAUGA